AUGGAUGCUGCCAAUAAAUCUACCGUUACUGAAUUUGUUUUGCUGGGACUCUCUGAUUCCUGGGAAUUACAGAUGUUUUUCUUCAUUGUGUUUUCAUUGUUUUAUGUGGCAACAAUGGUGGGUAAUUGCCUCAUAGUCAUGACAGUCAUAGCUGAUUCUCAUCUACAAUCGCCUAUGUACUUCCUGCUUACCAAUCUUUCCAUCAUUGACAUGUCCCUUGCUUCCUUUGCCACUCCUAAAAUGAUUAUAGACUACCUCACUGGACACAGAACCAUCUCCUUUGAUGGCUGUAUCACCCAGAUAUUCUUCCUACACCUUUUUACUGGUACUGAGAUCAUUUUACUUAUGGCCAUGUCCUUUGAUCGAUAUAUUGCAAUAUGCAAGCCUCUUCGCUAUGCUACGAUCAUGAGUCCCCGGGUGUGUCUUGCCCUUGUGGUGACAGCCUGGAUUGUGGGAGUCAUGCAUUCGAUGAGCCAGGUAGUAUUUGCUCUCUCAUUACCAUUCUGUGGUCCCAAUGAAGUAGACAGUUUUUUCUGUGACCUGCCUGUAGUGUUUCAGUUGGCCUGUGUGAAUACUUAUGUGCUGGGGCUUUUCAUGAUUUCAACCAGUGGCAUAAUUGCUUUAUCCUGUUUUAUUCUUUUAUUCAAUUCUUAUGUUAUUGUACUGCUUACUAUCAGGCAACAUUCUUCAGGGGGUUCAUCUAAGGCCCUUUCUACCUGCACAGCUCAUUUCAUUGUUGUCUUCAUGUUCUUUGGGCCAUGCAUUUUCAUCUACAUGUGGCCACUAAGCAGUUUUCUGGUAGACAAGAUCUUGUCUGUGUUUUAUACCAUCUUUACUCCUGUUCUGAACCCAGUCAUCUACACCUUGAGGAAUCAAGAUGUGAAGGCAGCCAUAAGGAAACUGAAAAAUAGGCUUCUAAAUUCUAACAAGGCAACUCCUUUGCAGUAA